AAAUUAGCAGUUUUGUGGUUAAAUUACAGGCUAGAUUAUGACCUCAGAAUCUGGAUUGAUUUCGGCAGCAGGAAGUUACGACUAAUAAGUGAGGAAGCUACAAAGUGACCCAGACUGACAAGAAUAAUGUCUUCAGAAUAGUCUGUAAGAUUUAGAUUUUUGCUGUGAAGAUUGCAGGUAAAAGAGAUAGAAGGAAAAACAGGAUUGAUCGAGCAAAAGGUCACUCUGAGUCAAAGACGGUCAGUGUGGAGCAGUGAAUUCUGGAGUUUCUAAAGUUAUUUUCUUGAAGUAACAUCAUCCUACCAAUGGAUCCUGCUGCAGCCGAAGACUUCAGUCUCCUUUCUGUCGAGUGUAGAGGUGUCUGCCUGUCCUACGGGAAGCUGACUAUACUUGAUAAUCUUAGUCUCACUUUGCCACAAGGUCAGAUAUUUGGGCUGCUCGGUCCUAGUGGCUGUGGGAAAACCACAUUCCUCCGGUGUGUCUUGGGAAGAUUACGCAUCUCGAGGGGUCGGAUUAUAGUUCUGGGGAAGCCUCCGGCAUUCCCAGGCCAUGGGGUUCCAGGCAGGAUGGUGGGAUACAUGCCACAGGAACUAGCACUGUACAAUGAGUUUAGCAUUACUGACACCUUUCACUACUUUGGCCGCAUACACGGGAUGAACAGUAAAGAUAUAGAAGCCCGUCUCUCUUUCCUGGUUGACUUCCUUGAUCUUCACGAUAAGAACUUACUUAUAAAGAAUCUCAGUGGUGGGCAGAAACGGCGGGUGUCUCUGGGGGCUGCUCUGCUCCAGGAGCCACAGCUCCUUUUACUGGACGAGCCAACUGUUGGAGUGGAUCCAGUACUACGAGCCAGGAUUUGGCAACAUUUGGUAGACAUAGUUAAAGAUCAAAGGACUUCAGUGAUCAUAACAACACACUACAUAGAAGAGGCCAGACAAGCUAACCUGGUUGGAUUAAUGAGAAAUGGUAAACUUCUUGCAGAAGCUCCUCCUGAUUAUUUAAUAAGAUUCCACAAUAUGUCAACUUUGGAGAACGUGUUCCUGAAAUUGUGUAAAACCUCCGAUCAGUCAAAAACUGUCUCUGGUAUUUUCCAAAAAAAUAAACAAAGCUACAGGAAGAAAAACGAGGAGGAGACGCUACCAAUUCUCCAUGGAGACAUGGAACAAAAUAUGUCUAAAGUGGGCUGGAAUAUGUGGAUGAAAAGCAUGAUCCCUAAAUGGAGAAAUAUUGCAGCUUUGGUGAUUAAAACUUUCAUUCGGAUCAGAAGAAUGCCUGGAUUUCUUGGCUUCCAGUUCUUCCUGCCAGUUAUUCAGAUAUCACUGAUAUGUCUUUGCAUUGGAGGCAGUCCUAAGGACUUGCAUGUGGCUGUGGUGAACAAUGACACGGGAAAACCUGCCAUGAGUCAGAUCGUUCUGUGGCACCUCGAUAACAACACCAUUAUCCAGGUUCAUCUAAACCAGCCCGAUGCUAAUAAGGGUAUAAAAGAUGGGAAAUACUGGGGUGCAAUUGGCUUUGGAGCAAAUUACACACAAGAUAUUCUUUUAAGGGCAACUCAAAAGAUAAUUGACAACAGCACAGUUGAUGGAGGUUCGAUCCAUGUCUGGCUGGAUAUGACAAAUGAACAAAUCGCACUCACCAUUGAACAAAAGCUACGGGAAGCUUAUGAGGGUUUUGUUAAGGACAGCCUGUACAAUUUCUCAAAUGUAGCUGCUUCUCCCAUAAAGAUUGAAAAGCCAAUAUAUGGGCAUAAACAUUCAGAUUUUACAACAUUUAUUGCUCCUGGUGCAAUCUUAAGCAUCACUUUCUUCUUGGCCCUUGGGCUGACUACGCUUUCCUUUGUAAUUGAGCGGAGAGAGGGCUUAAUGGACAGGGGCUGGGUUGCAGGUGUCCGUUCUCUCGAGGUAAUAUUGGCUCAUACUAUUUCCCAGGUGGUGACGAUGACUGUUCAGAUAAUAUUGUUACUCAUCUUUACAUUCCUCGUAUUCAAGAUUCCCAACGAAGGAUCUUUACCACUGCUGGUAAUACUCAUCUUACUGCAAGGCAUCACUGGAAUUUCACUGGGUCUUGUCAUCUCAGCUGCAUUUGACGAUGAGCAAUCAGCAACCCAGGUGGCUCUGGGCAUCUUCUAUCCUGACAUUGUACUGAGCGGAGUCAUUUGGCCAAUUGAAAGCAUUCCAUACCCACUAAGAUGCAUUAGUUUAACUUUGCCACAAACCUAUGCUUCAGAAGCUCUUCGAGGUAUACUUUACCGAGGGUGGGGAUUUACCCAUUGGCCGGUGUGGAAUGGAUUUGUAAUCACUCUGGCUUGGAAUGCAUUUUUCCUUUUAUUAGCAACAAUAAUAUUGAAAGUAAGAAUAUAACAAAGGGAAGGAAUUGUCUAUUGCAAAGAAUGAUCAACAUCCAGCAUGAGGAGAAGAACUAAGGGAACCGUCAACAAUUUCUUCAAAUUAUAAUGUUGAAAAUUAAUGUUUGAAAUUAAUCUUCUGCCAAGCAUAGCGUGCGUUAUGGUUUCUUGUUUUAAAUUUAAUUUUGUAGUGUAACCACUGUCAAUGAUAAGUGUGCUGCUAUUUAAAACAAAUUGAAUUUUCUUCUAUUAAACUGACUGAAUACUGGUGACUGAUUGAUACUGUGUAAAAUGCUAUGUCCUUGAAAUGUGUAGAUAGUCAUGUUACUUUUGCCAAAGGAAUUCCAAUGGUUUUAUUCACAAGGUCGCAAGAAAAAAAUUGAUGACAAAUGCCAUUUUUCCCAUCUAGCUCAUCCGUUCUGAGUAAACAUUUGGUUCCCUUAACAACGAGUUUAUUCAGUUUUUUUCAAGAUUUCUCCCUUCAUUUAUGUGUGGGAAUUCCCAGACAACUCUGAUCUGAAUAAUAUACUGAGCUUGGAAACUGCACAUCAGGUUUCCACAGAACAUUUUGUUGUAUAUUCCUCAUCAUCAGAAAGAUAUUCAAGAUAAGUGGAAAGAAAUUAUGCUAACCAAAGCUAAACUGUUGGAUAUCAUCAUCACCCUUUUUCACAUUCUGGGAUAGUUGGCUUG